ACUGGUAAGUCUACAACCCCCCGUGGGAACGCGUCAUGAUGUUGUCCACCCCGAGGAACGUUAUUAUACUGUGGCCAAGUAAAGAGUCCAGUUUGUGAUAAAAUGUGUCUCUUCUUGGUGCUCACUCUUACCCUCUGUGUUAGUGGGUCAAAAAAACCCAAUAACACAGGGGUUGAAGAACAACCCGUUAUAGCCCGAGGUAAACUGCUGGCUCCCAGUGUGGUCGGAUGAGGCAUAAAGAAAAUGCCUGAGCUUCACCAUUUCCUGAUGGAGCGAUGGGCGUUAUACCACAACCUGGAAUAUGAUUCAUCGGAGGAGAAGAAUCCUCGUCUGAUAUUCUACAACGAGAAAGACAAGGUUGUAAAGACGGUUCCUGUGAAGAAAAUGAAGGCAGACGAGAUCAGCAGCCUGUUAGAUUCUCUAGGUUUCUACAAGAGGUCCCAGAAAGGGGAAGAGGUGCCAGAAGAGUUUCAGCACUUUCCCCUGAACGCCCCUAGAGACGAGCUGUGACGACAUCUGGUGGUUAAACUCUGCUACUGCACCCUAGUCACAUUAUGACGAGUUGGGCCCAAAGGCCAAAAACAAAGUCAGGCCCAUUUCUGAGGACACGCUGACUGUGUGCAGCAUGCAGCAUUUUAACUCAAACCAAGUCUGUGUCACCCUGUUUGUAAAUGUGAUAUUAAAAAUAUAACGCAAUACUAAAAUACCCUC